GCGAGCACAAAGUGGAGCAGCUCGCGGGGAUGGAGGAGCUGAGCGCUGUGGGAGAGCAAGUUUUCGCAGCGGAAUGUAUUCUGAGGAAAAGGCUGAGGAAGGGGAAGCUGGAGUACUUGGUGAAGUGGAGAGGAUGGUCUUCCAAACAUAAUAGCUGGGAGCCAGAAGAAAAUAUUCUUGAUCCCCGGCUCCUGCUAGCUUUUCAAAGAAGCCAACAAGAGAGAGAACUGCAGAAUCGGAAACGAGGCAAGAGGCCUAGGGGCAGACCAAGAAAACAUGUGGAACAAGAAGCUCCCCUUUCUUCAAAAUCAAGUAGCUCUUCUGAAGAGGAUGAGGAUGAGGAUGAUGAGGAAGAGGAGGAGGACGAAGAGGAAAGUGAUGAUCAGGCACAGGCCACACUUCGGAGCAAUGAACGGCGAGAAGAACCUGAACGUAACCCUCAAAAACGAAUCCAAACAGAAAUCUGCCAAACUAAAACAGAUCUGAAGGACACUGGCAAAAAGAAACGGACCAGCAAAGUAAUUUGCACUGAACUUCGGAAGAACAUAAAAAUUAAACCAGGAAAGACUUUGAAAACAUCUGGAAAUGAUACAAGUGGUGACUCUGGAACAGAUGAAUCGUCAAAAGAGAAACUAGAAAAAACGGAGGGACUUUUGAGUGAGAAUAACAAUGUCUCAGAAAAGAGCACUUUGGAAUCUGUAUCUAGUGGGGUGUUGAAUCAGAGCAUUUUUAAUUCUGCAAAAUCCAGUAAUCCCAGGGCAGCCUUGCAAGCAGCAAACCGUACAGGAGCAGGCCAGCAUUCAUCGAGCGUACAUUCUGUCAGCACAAUGACACUGAAUAAGACUGCUUCUGAAAUGCAGCCUGGGAAUACAACACUGAUAAAUCCACAAGGAAUGAAUGAGAAAAAUAAGAUUGGUUUAAUUAAGAAUCCAGGAAAUGCUAAAAAUGCAGAGUUGUGCAAAUCAGAUUGUGACUCAAAGGGCUUGAACAUUUCUGGACCAUUGAAGUCCAAUUCUGGUGUUUGUAAUUCAUCUAAUUCAGGAUCAAAUUCCCAGAGUGCAAAUGGUCAAUGUACUGGUACCCUUGGAUGGAAUUUACCAACCCCAAACUCUCAGAACACUAAUUCAGGAUUAAAUUCACAUGUCUUAAAUCUACAAAGUACCAACAAAACAGGACUGAGUUCAAAAAGUGGAACUAGUCCAUCGGGUUUGACUUCAAAAAACAUCAGUAGUUUGUCAUUUGUGAUCUCUAGAAGUGUUGGAACUGCAGGACUGUGUUCAACUGAAUUGAACACUCAUGUUUCUAAUAAAGUAUUAAAUUCACAGGCUGGCAAUAGUCAGGCAUUGUGUGAGAGCAGUGGAAAGGAUAGCAUUGAGAAGGAGAAUCAGAUUAAAGCAGAUAAGGAGACUACAAACACUGCAAUUCAUCAUUCUGACAACCAAAUUCAUGAUAUUGACAAAAAGGAUGUUUCAUCUGAGAUAUCUAAACAAAACAGCAACAUGCCAACAGAGCUGAGCACAGGUGAGGAGACGAUGAGUUCGGAUUCUGAUCAUGACUCUUCAUUUUCGAGCAUUCCAAACCCAUCCAUUUCAGUACAGACAAACCAAGACUGGAAACCCACUCGCAGUCUGAUCGAGCAUGUGUUUGUCACUGAUGUAACCGCCAACUUGGUCACAGUAACAGUGAAGGAGAGUCCAACUAGUGUUGGCUUUUUCAACAUUCGACAUUAUUAGAGUCAUUAGCUGAUUGAUCUUCCUUUACAAAUCAGUUUUGACUUUGGCCUU